GUGUACAUCAGCUGCUCCGUGAUGAUGUGUGAAGCAGGGAACCCCAACACCAGGUGCUCACAGGGAUGCAUGAACUCCUCAAGUUCAGACUCUCAUCAUCACAUCCACAAGAGAGAGGCCCCCAUGCAGAGCAAAGCACACUUCAUUUCCCAGGGUCCUUUGCGCCUGCACUCAGAUAACAGUGCCUCACUGAUCAACCUGAACCUGAACAUGGUCUUCAUCGCCGGGUGUCUUCUUGCUGCUGUGGGAAUGAUCUGUGGUGUCGUCGUCUUCAAGACCAAAGUCUCCAAAGUCAGAUACCAACCUCUACCAACCUGUGAAACCUAAAGCUUCAGCUUGUGCCAGUCGCGUACCAGAUUUGAUCAUUUAUCUCAGGUUUUGGGAAUCUUUAUAUACUUGUGUGCAUAUUAACAGAUCGUCAAUUGUAUUGGUGUUGCAAAAUACAUAAAUAAAUGUGCUAACAAUAAAUAUGCUAUAAAAAUAAAUACAAAAAUUCAGGGACGACUAUUUAAUUAGAAGCCUAGCAAACACUUCUACAUUGUGGUCCAUUAUCAAUCUCACAGAAGGACGUCGGACUGCAGCCUCAUUGAAGACCCACUCCAAGAAAAACUGUUUUGAAUGUGUUCCUGUUGCAUUUUUCUCAUGAUGGACAUAUAUGAAGAAAAUUAAAACUGUGUU